ACGACGUGCUACACUACGAUCAUGGUUUUUCACAUGCCUCUGCACUCCAGCCCAGCGAUAAAGAAAACAAAUCUAGCUCUGUGGAGAGCAUGGAGGACAUUCAAGUUCAGCCCGCUCUCUUCGCUCGCCGGUCGUGGUUCUGAGGACACGUCUGAAGAAAUGUCUGCUGUUUCACCUGAAAAACCCCCUCACACACCCGUUAUGCUCAAAGAGGUGCUUCAUUACUUAGACAUCCAAGCAGGGCAGGUGGUCCUGGACAUGACAUUUGGAGGUGGUGGUCAUACCAAAGCAAUACUGAGCGCGGCUCCUGGAGUCACCGUUCUGGCCUUAGACCGAGAUCCCACAGCCAUCUCUCUGGCCCAGCGGUUAGCCGAGCAACACCACGGCCGUGUGAAGCCGCUGCUCGGCCGGUUCAGCGAGCUUGAAGCCCUGCUGUCUAACAUGAGCAUUAAGCCAGGCAGCAUUGAUGCCGUCCUGUUGGACGCUGGCUGUUCCUCCAUGCAGAUGGAUCAGGCGGAGAGAGGCUUCGCCCUCAGCAAGGAUGGUCCCUUGGAUAUGAGAAUGGACGGCGAGAGGUACCCCGACAUGCCCCGCGCUGCUGACGUUGUGAAUACCUUAGAUCAACAGGCUCUCGCAUCCAUCCUCGCCGCAUACGGGGAAGAGAGACACGCCAGGAAAAUAGCUUCAGCCAUUGUGGAGGCACGCCGUGUCAACCCCAUCACCCGGACGCAGCAGCUGGCCAGCGUGGUGGCAGGGUCGUUCCCCGCCGCCGUCGUCCAUGCCCGUAGAGACCGGCUCCACCGGCCCGCCCACGUGGCCACCAAGACUUUCCAGGCUCUGCGUAUCUUUGUGAACGACGAGCUGAACGAGCUGCACGCGGGACUCCGCGCCGCCCGGACGCUGCUGAAACCCGCAGGCCGCCUCUGCGUGAUCACCUUCCACUCACUGGAAGACAGACUGGUCAAGCGUUUUCUGCAGGGAGAGGACUUAUCUAAUUUGGAGCAGGACCACUUCAGCCCAAGAAAGCACGCCUCCAGGAAGGAUAAGAAGCUGGCAGGUGAUGAAAGGGGCGGUGGAAACGCCGUCUGGGUUCCACUUCGCAGGAAAGUGAUCAUCCCUGAAAAGGAAGACGUGAGAGAGAACCCCCGAGGACGCUCGGCCAAACUCAGGGCCGCCGCGCUCAGACACUGACUGAGCAACGGCAAUUACACCAAGACUCAGUUUGAGCUUUAGCAAUUUUUAUUUUUUCAACCAAAAUUAUCCACUUGGAUUCUCUGCAGGACAAUACCUCAGAUUGACUUGACCAAAAUGAAGCCAGUGAGAAUGUCUGUUCGGCACUGGAUUCUUCUGCUGGCAGGUUUUUACACUGUAAAGAAGCAAGACAGACGUGAAUCUGUCCUCUGGCUGCAUUUGAAGUUCACUGGGUUUUUUUUUUUUUUUUUGUAGUGUUUUGAGUUUGAUUCGUGUCAACAGAAACUGUCACAGCACUGAAAACCAAACUUUUCUAAGAGGCCUAAACAUUUGAAUGUAGGACCUAAAAGUAGCUUCAUAGAUCUGUGAUUUUUCUGAGACCUUCCAGAGAAGCCACGCAGCGCUGCACACACCCGCUCUGACAUUACUCCUCUUUAUAUUGGCAUUCGUUGGUUUUGGGGCUUUCACACCAGCAUCGAAGCCGACUGUCAGUCUCGUGGUUCAGUCACUAGAGCCAACAGAACGCGUUUCCUCUGGAUCUUCCCGAGCAGCUGGCACUUCACAGGAGGAGGAGGCAGGUGAAGGCGUGUCAAGAACUUCUGGAUACUUCUGAGGCGGAGAGCCACGACUGUUCCCACACAACCUAGAACUUUAACAUCUUGUCGCCUCUAUUUUUCAGACUUGAGUCUUUAUUGAUUCUAACCUUGAUCUAACCACACAAAGAUGACAAGUCUCCAUAAUGUGUGCGGAAUCAAGCAUCGUCCGAGUUUUUUUUUAUUAUUUUUUUUCAUUUUCAGUCGAGUCCAGCUGUAGAUCAAUCAGAAUAAUGCAACAGCAUUUUUUAAAUAACUAUUACUGAAGUCACUACCAUGUAAAUCUGUCGACCUACCACAAUUUUUUCAUGUAUCGAUUCAUUCGCUGAGCACUGCUGGACUGUUGACGCAUGAUUUGGUUUUAUACGCAGUUCCCGAAGGUCAAGAUGAAGCUUCCAUCCUUGUCACGUGAAGACGGUUUAUCCUUGGUUUAUGCCUGUAGAGAAACAUUUCGCUGCAGCGUCUUGCAGGAUGAGUUUGUUUUAUCGCCGCUCCGUCAGGUUCUGCUCACUUGCUGCUGCCUGUGAGUGACGCACACACACACCGACAAACACAGGUGUACCUUCACACAAUGGCGCAAGAGCUCUGCAUAGAAAUGUAGAAACCAAGCUUAACCUGUUUAAAGUGAAAGGAGAGUCAUGACAGCGAGGACGAAAUCACACGAAUG